UCAUUUCAUUGUACCACUCACUUAAAUUGAAAAUGACCUGGCGGCAUAAAAUCACACACGCACCAUCCAAAGAAAACGAUCAGCCGUAAGGCGGGUGAAAUCUUACGCUCGCAUGGUAGGACUACAAAAAGCUCAGAUCACGCCUAUUCGGAGCAAAUCACAUCACCAUGACGAAAACCGAGUCUUGAAGAAGAAAAUGCAAUUGAAAUACGUAUUAAAACCUCGGUAUUUGGAGAGAGGGUAGGUCUGCACUAGGCGUGCACUAUUGCUGCAGUAGGUGAGUGCGGCUGCGGACUGCUUCAGGACCUCCCUGCGUGGACAGCGCGCGUCGGUGCUUCAUCAUCCUCCCUCUUCAUCCUGCCAUUGUGGAUAACGUACACUUGGCUGCUUUUAUGCACUCCGUCAUAAAGCAGAAGAUCAUCUGACGUUUUUUUUUUGGACAGAACGGGACCAAUCGCCAUAAUAAAGGAAUACAAAUCAAAGUUGUACAUGCUCUGGUCCACACAUAGGACAGGCUGCUUAAUUCGUUCGGUGUAUAUUAUCGAUCCCCGUAAGCUGAUGGCCAGCACCUCAGGCAGAACAUCUAUGCACGUAGACCUGGGAGAUUCAUACGAGCAGCUGGAUACAUAAAAUAAAGCGGAAGACCCGGUAAUGGUGGUAAGUAUACCGGAUGGUAAUUGAUUUUGAAGAUUUCGAAUAGCGUUGGUGCUGUGUGGGAACUUGAUCCAGGAGUGUGUUGCAAAGGGCUUGCCUGUCAGCUAUGUACAUAAGCAAAAGCAUAUCCUGGCUUCAGUAUUAAGUAAGCACUACGUGUGACUACCGCAAGUUUUGAGAAACAAGAAUGGACACAAUGACCCACUUACAAGCUGGUCUCAGCCCCGAAACCACGGAGAAAGCUCGCCUGGAGCUGAACGAGAACCCCGACACCCUACAUCACGACAUCCAGCAGGUCCGGGACAUGAUCAUCACCCGGCCGGACAUCGGCUUCCUCCGGACCGACGAUGACUUCAUCCUACGCUUCCUACGGGCCAGAAAGUUCAACCAGAUCGAGACGUUUAAGUUGCUGGCACAGUAUUUUCAGUACCGGCAACAGAACCUGGACAUGUUUCAGAGCUUCAAACCCGAUAACCCCGGCAUCAAACGCGCUCUUACGGAUGGUUUCCCCGGUGUCUUGGAAAACCCCGAUCAAUAUGGCAGAAAAAUACUGAUCCUCUUUGCGUCCAACUGGGACCAGAGUAGGAACUGCUUCACAGACAUCUUACGGGCCAUCCUGCUCUCCCUGGAGGUCCUGAUUGAAGACCCUGAGCUGCAAAUUAAUGGCUUUAUUCUCAUCAUUGACUGGAGCAACUUCUCCUUCAAGCAGGCCUCCAAACUCACCCCCAACAUCCUUAAACUGGCCAUCGAGGGGCUGCAGGACAGUUUCCCUGCUCGCUUUGGCGGAAUCCAUUUCGUCAACCAGCCGUGGUACAUCCAUGCACUGUACACAAUAAUCAAGCCCUUCCUGAAGGACAAGACGAGGAAGCGGAUUUUCCUUCACGGGAACAAUCUGAACAGCCUGCACCAGCUGAUUUUCCCAGAAUGCCUGCCGUCGGAAUUCGGCGGCACCCUGCCUCCCUAUGACAUGGGCAUGUGGGCACGGACGCUGCUGGGCCCGGACUACAGCGACGAGACGGAGUACACGCACACGUAUGAUGCGCUGCACGUUAAGGAGGCCCUGGGGGUUUCUGCGCGUGAAGAUGCUGACAUGCUAAUGAAGAGAUCCCAGUCGGCUGUAGAGCCCGGAACACUGAAGGCGAAGGGGAGGGACGAUGACACAGCCCAACCCCUGCUGGCUCUGGACUGAUGGGACGGCCGGUGUUACCGUGACCCGGUUUGAGCUGCAGCAGAGUGCCUGUGACGAUGCCGAGCAGGCAGGACACUCAGUGUCACAGGGCAAAUCACUCACAAGCCAUUUACCUGAUGUUGCCGACUCCGGCUGAGCAGAAGGCUACUAUUCCAUCUAUGUUUUAUUACAAACUUCGACGUGAAAAACCUUUUAAAAGCCAAGGUAGAUUUGCCGCAGUGAACUCACAAUUUGCUACUGUAGAUGCUGAUUUUCUCUUAAAAAAUAAAAGCCAAUUUCAAGGAUUAUACAUAUUUAUCAGGAUGUCAAUCCUGACACCUCAAAAUCUUAAUCACAAGAACAAAAGAAUGUAUGUAAAAUCAUUUGAAAUGAUGAUAUUCGUGUAUAUAGAGGUUCGUAAAUGCAAGUUGUACUAGGAAAAAGACUUUGAAAAA